AAGAAGCUAGGACUGAAGUUUCUUUAAAAUUCAAACCUGAGAUAUGAUGACGCGAUUAUGAAAUAUUAUUGAAGUAUAUUAUGAGGAAAUAUAACUCUUCUUUUGUUCCAACCAGCUACAUAGACCGACAAUGAACAUGUCGACAUGAUACUUUUGUUUCUUGAAAUUAGAUUUCGAAUAAAAUUCGAAUUCAGAAAAUCUUCAUCUUCUCCAUACAAAACGAUAAUGUUUUAAGUCAUAUCACGUAAUCAUGACAUAGAUUUAAAUAUUAUAGUUGAAUUUUAGUGAUGAAAUAGAUGACCUUAUAUGGCCAGAUGAAUCUAUCCAUCGAUCAACUCGAGAUGACAACAUAGAUUUGGAGAAUAUUCCAGCACUUCGAAUCAAUGUAGAAGAAAAAGUAUUUGUACCUCUUCGCAAUGUUUCUGUUGAAGCUUGGAUUAAUACAUUUGCUGCUGAUAUUACUUUAACACAAACAUUUAUCAAUUUGGAAGAUAAACCAAUCGAAGCUAUUUACGUUUUUCCAAUCGAGGUACUUCAUUGCAUUUCAUAUUAA